AUGGACACGAGCUACCUAGCCCAGCAGGUCACGACCAUCAUCGGCCAGCUGCACGGCCUAUUCGACGACAUAGGAGUUCCUAGCCAUGAGCGGGACUCGCGCGAGGCAGAGCUCUUCUCUGCGCUGUCCGAGACGCUUCAUAACCAGUUGCGCCAAGUCACAAACGAGAAACAUGAGAUGACAGAAGAGGCCCAUCGCUUGAUGACGACAAUCAAGCAGAUGGAGGCCUCGUUGGAGGACAACAAGCAAAACACCAACUACGAGCAACACGAUCAAAGCGCCAUCACCUACCCAUUGACGCGCUGCCUACAGGGACUUAAGGAAAGAUACAACGCAGUCAGCAAACUGCAUCGCGAGCGCUUCGAGCAGGUGAGGAAACUCGCCGAAGCCCUUGAUUCGUACGCGUCGCAUCUUGAGGAAUCAUUCGUCGAGAUUAAGCUCCCUCCCACGGCACAAAACGCGACCAUCUCACCCUCUUUCGACAUCUCCCCUUCCUACGUCGCUAAGUUAGACAACGAGUUUUCGCGCGUUUACGAAGAAUACACGAGGCGCAUCAACACUGUCAAGGUCUUGUGUCAAGAGAUCAUACAGCUUUGGGCCGAGCUGGGAACACCACAGGCGCAGACGGACAGCGCCAUUGUGCAGUGUCAUCGAGACGCCCCGGAGCAACUUGGUCUACACAAGGAGGAUCUGACUCAGUUAAAGGCGAAGAAGGAGCGACUAGUCGAAGAGAAGCGCAGCCGAGAGCGACGUCUUGGACAACUACGCAACACCAUCGAAGAGCUCUGGGAGCGUCUGGGCAUCGAGCAGCACGAGCGCAAGCGAUUCCUCACCAGCAAUCGUGGAUGUGGCUUGCGCACCAUCAACGAGUUCGAAGAUGAGCUGGCUAGGUUGAAUGAGCUGAAGCGCCAAAACCUACAUUUGUUCGUCGAGGAGGCGCGAUGCAAGCUCCAGGAGCUUUGGGACUCGCUCUACUACUCGGAAGAGGAGAUGCUCGACUUCACACCCGCCUUCUCUGACGUCUGCAGCGACGCCCUGCUUUCGGCGCAUGAGGCUGAGGUUGCCCGCCUUGAGGCCUUGAAGGAACAGCGCCUGCCUAUUCUUCAGAAGAUUGACCGGCAUCGUGAGCUAAUCAAGGAGCGCAACGAGCUUCAGCAAUCAAGCCAAGACGCGUCACGUCUGAUGGCCCGCGGUCAGAAGGGUGAGAGACGGGAUCCCGGAAAGCUGCUACGAGAAGAAAAGAUGCGGAAGCGUAUUGCCAAGGAGCUGCCGAAAGUCGAAGCUGACCUGAAGAAUACACUUGAAAGUUGGGAGGAUGAAUAUGGCCGGCCAUUCUUGGUGCAUGGUGAUCGAUAUCUUGACGAGCUGUAUGCUGCCGCAUCCAGAGCCCCUCCACCGCGAGCGAAGACGCCUUCAAAUGCUGGCAUGCCUAGCCAACAAACACUCACUGCUUCCAAAUCUGGCACCCUUCGGCGCGCUGGAACUCUCAAUGGGCCACCAAGCCGAGCGAAGACACCCGUUUCGAACUUCGGUGCCAGUGUCUCUCGGAACCCGCUCUCGAGCUCUUUCGCGGCUUCCAUGGGUCCAAAGAGUCCAACGAAGAUUCCUGCUCGUGCUCCAUUACGCAACAUGCAGCACGGUGGUAACUCGCCUGAGCGCCGGCCUGCCCCCCCUACACGAGAGGACUCGGCCACUAUGCGGAAGAUGCCUCCUCCAAUGGCACCUCCCCCACGGAUGAAAGACUUAUUUGUGCCCCCGGAGCCCAAUGAAACCCCAUUGAACCGCUUCCAGUUCAAUCGCGGGGAGCGCAGCGAGAGCAUUGUUCGAAACGUAGCACCAGAGGACCCGUACAAUGACCGAUCCUAUAUGUCACAAAGCCACAGCGUGCGUCCAGGGUACAUCCCGGCGUAUCCCCCGUCAUUAUCAUCGGCUAGCAGUCGACAGAUCUCACAGGCAUCGCAAACGUCGUCGAAUGGAACGACAGGAACGGGUGCGACGAUGCAGUCAGGGUCAGAGAAUUGGGAAACCUUCAGCGAGCAAUCGGAUGAUGCUCCCGAGGCAGACGUCGACUUUCACAACUAUCAUCAACGGCAGAUGAAGCGCUUCACGCCUGAGGGUGGUCAUGUGGCCAGUCCGCGAAGCGUGCAUGGCAAGAAGAUUCGCAGCAUUCGCAGUGUUGAUGACGGCCUCAUGAUGGAGCAAGAAGGUCGUAUGGUCCGCGUUAUUGAGGGUAGCGAAGCGGGCUGGACUGAUGAAGGCGAUGGGUAUUGA